CACGAAUUAUAGACCGCAUAGUGUUCAUCGUUCCUGCUCAGUGAAAAAAGUGUAAUUUGGUGACAGUAGUAGCAGUUUCGAAUAAUGGCGCAUUCAGAAAUUGUGCAACAACUUCACGCUGCCUUUCAGAGUGGCAAAACUCGGAACAUAGGAUUUCGAGAAAAGCAGUUGAAGAACCUGCUUCGUAUGUACGAGGAGAAUCAUGCGGAAAUGGCACAAGCGUUGGCUUCCGAUUUGCGAAAGCACAAACAGGAAGCCUAUGUAAUGGAAAUCGAUUACUUAAUGAAUGAUCUGCGCAGUAUUAUCUUUAACUUGCAUGAUUGGAUUAAAGCUGAAAAACCUAAGAAAACGUUAGUCAAUAUGAUGGAUGGAGUGUUCAUUUUCAAGGAUCCUUAUGGCGUAGUAAUGGUCAUCGGGGCCUGGAACUAUCCAUUGCAGCUCAGUCUUGCACCGGUUGCGGCAGCGAUUGCAGCGGGGAACUGUGUUUUGAUCAAGCCGAGCGAACUUGCUCCGGCCAGUUCUAAAUUUAUAGCCAACACAAUUCCGAAAUAUUUAGACCAAGAUUGCUAUCGAGUGGUCGAAGGAGGUGCAAAGGAAACUGCGGAGUUACUGAAGCAAAAAUUUGAUUACAUAUUUUAUACCGGCUCGGGUCGAGUAGGGAAGAUUGUGCAUCAGGCAUGUUCUGAAAAUCUAACUCCCUGUACGUUGGAGCUUGGAGGUAAAAGCCCAUGCUACAUUGAUAGUUCCGCUGAUAUCGCAAUCUCCACGAGGCGAAUUUUAUGGGGGAAAUUCAUAAAUGCUGGUCAAACGUGUAUAGCUCCAGAUUACAUUCUUUGUUCUAAAGAUGUACAAGAACGGUUCCUAAAAGAAGCUAAGUCUGUACUAAAGGAAUGGUAUGGCGAUAAUCCUAAACUCAGCCCUGAUCUAUGUCGCAUAAUCAAUCAACAACAUUUUCAGCGACUGAGUGGUUUGCUAAAAGGAGCGAAAAUAGCAAUCGGAGGUGAUGUGGAUUCUACAGACAAAUAUAUUGCGCCUACAAUUCUGACUGAUGUGAAACCAGAUGAUCCAGUAAUGCAAGAUGAAAUUUUCGGACCAAUUCUACCAAUUUUAGUAGUAGAAAACGCUUAUGAAGCGAUCAAGUUUAUCAAUGCAAGAGACAAGCCCUUGGCACUUUACAUAUUUAGUACCAACGAAGCUAAUAGGAACCUAAUAAUAACGAACACUUCAUCUGGUGGCAUGUGCAUCAACGACGUUCUAGGACAUUUCGCGGUCGAGUCUCUACCUUUCGGUGGCGUGGGCCCUAGUGGAAUGGGAGCAUAUCAUGGCAAACAUGGUAUCGACACGUUUUCACACCAGAAAUCAUGUUUGAUAAAAAACUUUAGCUCCGUUGGCGAAAAGCUAGCCUCCUCGCGAUAUCCUCCCUAUUCGGAUGGAAAGUUGUCUUUUCUAUCAACCGUACUAAAGAAGCGUAAGAGUAUUUCUUUCAAAUAUCUGCCAUAUUUGCUUAUGUUUGGAAUCGGUGUUGCAACCACAGUAGUAGUCAAAUGUUUAAAUGAGGACCAUAAAUAGACUUUCUCUCAGGAAUCUUAAUUAGGUCGGCGCAUUUUGGGGAUAUGUUAUUUAAAUAAUAUUUUGUUUGUUAAGUAAACGGUCAUGAUGAAAAAAUAAAAUAAUUUUAGA